UGGUUUUCUUCCAUGGUAGGUGACUGGAAGUAAUAGUGCAUCCAGAGAGUUACAAGAGGAAUGUGAUGAGAAAAAGAUGUGCCAGGCUCAUCCAACACGCAAAAAUUGGAGAGACUUGAAGGAAGAGGAGUUAGAGGAGCCUUCGUUCUUCGUCAAGCUCCUCGCGUAUCUAUCUGUAGUUGUCAUAGGCGUUAUGUUUGGAGUUAUCAAGAAAUUUUACGAUAUGAUCGGAAUCAUUUGGACUGAGAAUGCUGAUCCGAGGCAUGCAGAGGGCUAUGUGCCUCUAUAUUCAAGCUUUCAGAGCAUUUAUGCAAGGAAUGUCUUUCCUCUGGUGCGUGAUUGCUUUGAUCGCCCCAUCUGCAGUGUCCCUGGGCAAGAGGUCGUCCUCAAGGAUCGGGUCUCGUAUGAUCGAGGAAGAACGUUUCAAUUCACGGGAACGACUACGCGGUGCAUCAACGUGGCCUCCUACAACUAUCUCGGAUUUGCCCAAAACUCUGGGCCCUGCUUCGAAGAGACAAAAGAAUCCAUUCGUCAGUGGGGUAUUGGGAUGGCAUCCUCCCGAAAUGAAAGUGGAACCCUGGAAUUGCACGUCGAGCUGGAGAAGCAAGUGGCGCGAUUCGUGGGGAAGGAGGAUGCCAUCACGUUCGGCAUGGGCUUUGCUACGAAUGCCUCGAACAUGUCAGGCUUGGUGAGCAAGGGUUGUCUCAUCGUCUCGGAUCAGUGCAACCAUGCCUCCUUGAUUCUCGGAGCUCGGCUCAGUGGCGCCUCCAUUCAAGUCUUCAAACAUAAUGACAUGGAAAGCCUGGAGGAAAUCCUGAGAGAUGCAAUCGUUCAGGGUCAGCCGAAAACCCAUCGGCCAUGGAAGAAUAUCCUCAUCGUGGUUGAGGGCAUCUACAGCAUGGAAGGAUCCAUCGUGAACCUACCAAAAAUCCUCGAACUCAAGAGGAAAUACAAGGCAUACGUGUACCUGGAUGAGGCACACAGCAUUGGUGCAAUGGGGCCCCGUGGGCGAGGGGUUGUUGACCACUUUGGGCUGGACCCAAAAGAUGUUGAUGUCAUGAUGGGGACAUUCACAAAAAGCUUUGGUUCUUCUGGUGGAUACAUUGCAGGAUCCAAAGAGUUGAUCGAUCAUUUGAGGACGGUAUCCCACGCAGCAACGUAUGCCACAUCCAUGUCCCCACCUGUCAUUCAGCAGAUCGCCACCUCCAUGAAGAUCAUCAUGGGAGAAGACGGGACUCUUGAAGGCCAAAAGAGGAUCGCGCAAUUGGCUUUCAACACGCGCUACUUUAGAGAAAAGCUGAAAGCCAUGGGCUUCAUCCUGCAUGGAAAUAAAGAUUCACCUGUCAUUCCUGUUCUCCUCUUCAUGCCUGGGAAGGUCGCGUUUAUGGUGCGAGAGAUGACUAAGAGAGGCGUGGCAGUGGUUGGAGUUGGUCCUCCCAGUUCUUCUUUGGUCCAGACUCGUAUCCGUAUCUGUCUAUCGGCCAGUCAUACGCAGCAGACUCUUGAUCUGAGGGUUGCCAACUUCUCCGGUUUUGACCGGUUCCACUCGGAGUAUAGGAAGGCUCCAGUGCUGGCUCAACACUCCGUCGAUGCAAGUGGUGAAAGAGAUUCAAAUAAUCGAUUUGAUCUCACAAAAAACCUGUUUGUGGCACGGCACAGAUCAUGUCAACAGGACAAAAGAACAAGGAUUACAGGCCGUUCUCGGAUCAUGCUCAUCAUGCCCAUAGUCAUCCAAAGUACUGAGUUGCUACACGUCACUGCUUUCGCCGGGUACUGCGUCGUGGUUGAGCCCUCCUCCAUAGAACCCUAUGACAGCGCAGGAGGGCUGGUCACGGCGGUGGCACCGGUCGUUGCAGAAACUGGGAGUCUAUGGGUGGGAUGGCCCGGAACUUACGACCUUUCUGUUCAUGAUCAAAUCCCGGAGGCCUUACCCGACGACAAGACACCCACGGCAGGCAUCAAAGCCUCUCAGGUGAUCCCGGUCCAAAUCGACAAGGAGCUCUUCGAGAAGUAUUAUCAUGGAUGCUGCAAUGGGACGUUAUGGCCGCUAUUUCAUUUGAUGCCCGACCGAGCGGUGUUCGACCCAGCCAGCUGGGAAGCAUAUAAUCGCGUGAACAUGAUCUUUGCCGGUCAGAUCCUGGAAGCCCUUCGUGUACUUUACGUAGAGAGAUUGGAAUCCACGGGAACCCCCUCGGAUGAAGAAGUCCUCGUCUGGAUCCACGACUAUCACCUAAUGGUGUCAGCCAGUACCGUCAGGGACAUGGCAGAAGCCGAGGGGAUCAAGGUGAAACUGGGAUUCUUCCUUCAUAUUCCAUUCCCUCCUUGGGAUAUCUUUCGCAUCUUCCCCUGGAACGAUGAAAUCUUGAUGGGACUCCUCAGCUUUGAUGUGGUGGGCUUCCAUAUCGAGGAUUACUGCCUCAACUUUGUGGACUGUUGUCGUCGUCAGCUGGGAUCGAGGGUGGACCGGAGUCACUUCUUGGUGGAAUUCGCCGGAAGAUCCGUUCGUGUUCGACCUCUUCCCAUCGGGGUCCCCUUCGCCCGCUUCGAAGAACUCGCCAAGGAUGCCCCCAGCGUUCUCCCGGAGUCGUGUCAAUCUACAGAGAGAAUCGUCCUGGGGGUGGAUCGACUGGAUUACACGAAGGGGCUUGUGAGUCGUCUGAAGUCCAUCGAAAGAUUCUUGGAGAAAUGGCCCGAGUACAAGGGCAAGAUCACGUUUCUCCAGGUCGCCGUUCCCUCCCGCACGGAGGUGAAAGAAUACCAGGAUCUGAAGGAGGAGCUGGAGCAACUGGUGGGUCGGAUCAACGGCCGCUUUACCACGGCCAAUUGGGCUCCCAUCCGGUACAUUUAUGGAUCGAUCCCGCAACAACAAUUGGCUGCCUUCUAUCGAGAUGCUUCCGUCUGCCUCGUCACUCCAUUGCGUGACGGAAUGAAUUUGGUCGCCAAGGAAUACGUCGCGUGCCAGGUGAAACACCCGGGGGUGUUGAUCCUGUCUCCGUUCGCGGGUGCGGCAGGAACGAUGCUGGAAGCCCUGAGAUGCAAUCCGUAUGAGAUCAAUGAAGUGGCGGAAAUGCUCCACCGAGCCCUGUCCAUGACGGAAGACGAAAGGAUGAUGAGGAUGACCCAUCUCCGUCGACGCGAAAAGGUCUGCGAUGUCGACCACUGGCUUCAUUGUUUUCUCAAGGCCAUGCAAGUCAUCAGGGAUGAACCAAUGCUCGGAUCCACUCUCUCGUUGAAUCCCAUCGAGUUGGAUGAAUUUGAUUAUCUGAAGUCUUACGUCGGGGACCGAGCAACUCUCGCCUUGCUCCUGGAUUACGAUGGGACUUUGGCUCCGAUCGCACCGAAACCGGAAUUGGCUUUUCUGCCCAUGGAAACGAAAAACGUCCUGGAGAAGCUGAGUCGUCUCGAAGACGUCUUCGUUGCCGUCAUAUCGGGUCGAUCAGUCGAUGAUGUGAAGAAAAUGGUCGGACUGGAUGGAAUCACCUACGCCGGGAACCACGGGCUGGAGGUCCUCCACCCGGAUGGUCAACGGUACACUUAUCCCCAUUCCCAGCAGAUGGAUGCGCAGUUAUUGGAUUUGAAGGAGAAGCUGGAGUCGAUGUGCCUGAAUUACCCGGGCUCGUUCGUCGAGUUCAAGAAGGCCUCGUUGACCGUCCAUUAUCGUCUGGCCUCGAUGAGUGACCAUCGGGAAAUCAUCGUGAAGAGCGGGCAGGCGAUUAGGGAAGCAGGGUUCUUGCCUGCAGCUGCCCAUUGUGCCAUUGAGGCCCGACCACCGGUCCAAUGGGAUAAGGGUAAGGCUGUCCUCUAUAUCCUCCAUGCCGCCUUCGGAGUGGACUGGACGGACAGCGUCAAGGUCAUCUAUGCCGGGGAUGAUACCACGGAUGAACACGCCAUCACGGCCCUCAAGGGGUUAGCCGUCACCUAUCGCAUUUCCAUAUCCAGGAAGACCCGCUCGGCUGCGGAUCAUCGGCUUGCAGAUCCCGAUGCCGUCUUGACACUCCUGAAGUGGGUGGAAAGGCAUAUGGGAUCCAGGACCCCUGCUUCCCCCCGGAUCCUUAAUGAAAGCGAAUUGCAGGCCAAGCGAUCUUAUGGACCCCUGAGAUUAGAGUCUGAUGAGGGUCCUUUCCGAAGUCGGAGUGGGAGUGCAGGGAGCAAGAUUCAAGUCCUUCUUCGGUCCCCUGUCCCCGCUUACAUGUCCAAAAAUUGGUCCGCGGGUAUCCUGGAAUAGCCUUCUCUUUUUUCGUGGCUGACACUCAUAUCUCAUGAAUAUUCCCAAUGCUUAUGCUUAUGCUAAUGCUAAUGCUAACUACUUCCGAGUGCUGAUCGCCUAGCAAGAAGAGACUCAGUCUUGUCCGUCUCGUUCCUUUACAUUACACCUUACAUAACAUCCCUAACAGCUCCUUGUCUACGAAACAAUUCAUUCCAUGUUUUCUCAGAGCUGUCACAGAUCAGCUGAUUGCAGAAUACAUCCAUGCCUCGAUUAUCCACGCAAAUAUCUUCCAUUGAGCAUGGAUCUGUAGAACAGGAAGAAGGGAGAGGUGAUGAAGAAAGAAAUGCUUCUUGGGUUCUCCUUAAUUCCGAAACUGAUUGACAUAGUGAAUGCGAAUGAAAGCUACAAGUAGAGAAUCAUUCCCUUUCACUCAACCAUAUCCAUGAUUCAUUGUGAGAUUUUCUCGGUUUAUUCCACCGCUUACAUCUAUAAAAAUAUUUAUGCAUUUACAUC